AGUUGACCGAAUCCGAGCGGAAUUAGUUACGCGUUUGCUGUCUGUUUGAGAGCCGGUUAUUCCCGAUCAUCGCAUAGUCGGAAUCGGUCGACAGUUCUUGUUUUAUUACCCCAAAACCGUGAUAGAAACAUAACAAACAAUUGGCAUAAAUAAAUACAGUUGUUAAAGGACAAUACAGCGUUUUAGUUGUAGAAACAUUGUGGUCGAAAACGAGUUAAGUGGGCAAAAGCGAUUCUAACCUCAACGCUUCGAUCUCGGUGGUUUUUUUAAUGAGUUAUAGUGGUAUGUUCGCAUUUUUUUAAGUGUGUGUUGAUGUUUAUCGAUGUUAUAGGCUAACAACUUAAAAAACAACCAUCGAAUGUGUUUCUGUUUGCAUUUUCGAGGCAGAACGAGUGUCCAAAUAUUAUCGUUUAGACGCAUGCCAUGUGCUUUCACGUCAAAACAGAGCCCUAAGAUAACUGAAGCCUUCUUACUAGUUCCAAAUGACGUGAAACUGCUGUAGAAACUGUCACCGGCAAUGAUGCGAUCGUGGCUGGUGACUUGUUUUAUGAUGGUGGCAGCAAUCGCUCACGGGAUCGCUGCUGCCACGCCGACGGACAUCGUUCGGACGUUUCACGAUAAAGAUGCUAUAGUCUUCAACCAUCUGGUAGUUGAUAAGAAUACAGGACGAGUAUAUAUCGGCGCGGUUAAUAGGCUUUAUCAGCUGUCUCCUGAUCUCGAGCUAAGUGUGUCAGAACAAACUGGCCCUAAGAUGGACUCAGACGAUUGCUCAGUGCUGGAAUGUAAUACAAAGAACAAGAAGUUGACUGAUAAUGUAAAUAAGGCAUUGGUAAUCGAUUACACUACGACGAGAUUGAUUGCUUGUGGUAGUCUAUUUCAGGGAAUUUGCACUGUGAGAAAUUUGCACAAUAUCUCUGAUGGGGCGAUAGAAAUCCGAGAGGCUGUGGUGCCUAAUAAUGCAACUGCAUCCACAAUAGCAUUUAUUGCUCCUGGUCCACCAAACCCUCCAGUUUCACAGGUCAUGUAUGUUGGUGUCACCUUCACUUUGGGAUCUUAUCGAUCUGAAGUUCCAGCCGUGAGUUCUAGGUCCCUAGAUAAAGACAAAAUGUUCGCGAUAGCACAAACGGCAGUUACAACUGGUACCAGAAUGUUUGUGAACUCUUUAGCUAGAGAACGAUACCCCAUAACUUAUGUGUACGGAUUUGCAUCUGAGGGUUUUAGUUACUUUCUUACAACUCAAAUGAAACAUACAACUUCUAGUCAGUUUAUUAGUAAACUCGUUCGUGUUUGUCACGAUGAUGAAAACUAUUAUUCGUAUACGGAGAUACCCAUAGAUUGUGCAAUUCCGGCUAAGAGCGAUAAUGAGGGGAAAAAAUAUAACUUAGUUCAAGCUGCUUACGUCGGAAAAGCCGGUUCUGACUUAGCUUCUGAUCUAGGCAUCACAGCACAGGAUGAUGUAUUAUUUGCGGUUUUUAGUGAGAGUGACCACGUUAUUCAAAACAAACCCUCAAAUAACUCUGCCUUAUGUGUUUAUUCUUUAAAAGCUAUACGGAGGAAAUUCAUGCAAAAUAUCAAGAAAUGUUUUAGCGGAGUAGGGCAAAGAGGCUUGGACUUCAUUUCUCCUAGUCAUCAGUGUGUUCUAACGAAAUUAUCAUCGAUUGCCGAAGAUUUUUGCGGGUUAGAUGUCAAUACACCCCUUGGUGGAGAGGAUCCGGUAAAUGCUACACCAGUGCUGCUUUUUAACACCAGGUUAACCGCAGUGGUAGCGACAUCUACUGGUGAUUUUACUGUUGUAUUUAUUGGUACCUCCACUGGACAUCUUAAAAAGGUUGUAGUGGAAUCCCAGACAUCAGCCCUUGAGUAUGGCGAUAUUGUGGUAGAGGAAAAUUCUCCAGUUAACCAGGAUCUACAUUUCGACUCCCAGUUGAUGCAUCUGUACGUUAUGACGGAGAAAAAGGUGUCAAAAGUGAAAGUUCAAGAAUGCACAGUCUACAGAAAUUGUAUGGAGUGUUUGGGAGUAAAAGACCCGUACUGCGGAUGGUGUUCAUUAGAAAAUAAAUGCAGCCUAAGAUCAGACUGUCAAGACGCUGCUAAAGACCCUUUAUACUGGAUUAGUUAUAAAAGUGGUCGUUGUACUACCAUAACUUCGGUUAUACCCAAUCAGUUACAGAGGACCACAGCCAGAACGCUCGACUUAGUUAUUGAUAAUCUUCCAAGUCUCAGCGGUCACUUUUUAUGUGCAUUUACUGCUUUGGAUAAAACUCUAGUAACAAAUGCCACGCGAAAAGGUUCUGGAGUUAAUUGCACCACACCAAGAACGGAUUCUUUACCUUCUAUACCUCCUGGUCAACACCACUUCACAGCAAAGCUUUCAGUAAGGAUGACAUCGGGUCCAGACUUUGUUGCAACGAAUUUCACAUUUUUCGACUGCAAUACUUACAGCUCUUGCACACAAUGUGUUUCUUCUUCUUUCCCUUGUGAUUGGUGCGUUGAUGGACAUCGAUGUACCCAUGACACGGCUGAGAAUUGUCGAAAUGAUAUUCUUGUAACUGGUGUUAGCCGAGCUGGUCCAAGCUACAGGUCAGGACCUGCAUUUUGUCCUACUAUUAACUCUACUGUUGGUAAUACUCCGGAGAUUUUAGUGGCUUCAGGAAUUAAAAAAGCUAUAAAAGUAAAAGUUCAUAUUAUUGGACAAUUUAUUGUUCAAACGAGAUUUGUUUGUCAAUUUAACAUUGAAGGCAGGGUCACUAGUGUUAAUGCCCAAUUGCUCGGAGACACUAUUUACUGUGACUCGAUGGAGUUCUCCUAUUCAUCGAGAGCACCUAAUAUAACUGCUACCUUUGCCGUAAUUUGGGGUGGAUCAAAGCCUUUGGAUAACCCGGACAACAUACACAUUGUGAUAUAUCGUUGCCAUGACAUGGCAGACAACUGCGGUAUCUGCUUAGCUCUCUCGGAAAAGUACGAAUGCGGAUGGUGCCAAAGUUCUGAUAGAUGCGAGGUUAAGGAUCAGUGCGAAGUAGGUUCCGCAGUCUGGCUAAAUAGGAGCCAAACUUGCCCUAAUCCUGAAAUUACCUCAUUCUCUCCCGAGUUGGGUCCCUGGGAGGGAGGUACCAAUAUUACCAUUCAAGGAAUUAACUUAGGAAAAACAUUUGACAAUAUAUAUACAGGGGUUAGCAUAGCGGGGAUCAGUUGCCAACCUUACAAGCAUUUGUACAUAAAAACAAAACAAAUUGUAUGUAUAGUUGAUGGUCCUGGUACAAAGGAACCUCGCCAAGGACCGGUUACAGUUAAGGUUGAAGAUUAUCGGGGAGAAUCCAAGACACAUUACCGAUUUGUCGAUCCAUCUAUCACUGGGAUUUCACCAAGAUAUGGACCAAAAUCUGGUGGCACGGCACUUCAAAUAACUGGAGAAUAUAUGAAUGCAGGAAGUAAUAUACAGGCUUUCCUAGAAGAUCUACCAUGUAAAAUAGUUUCUACGGAACAGAACCAGGCCCUGUGCAUCACAAGUGCUUCAAAUACGACAUCAAAGAAGAAACUUAAAAUGAAAUUUGAUAAAGGUGAUAGAUACCUUGAAAAUAUGAUGUUCGAAUAUGUGGAAGAUCCAGUAAUUGAAUCUGCUGAAUCCGGAGUGCAAAGCGGACAAAUAAAAUUUCCCAAGGGUAUCCCAGCCGGUGGUAUUAAAAUAUCUGUAACUGGAAAGAAUUUGGCAUAUAUACAGAAGCCCCAGAUGUAUGUCUUUUAUGAGCAGAAGAUGUUUAUUAGUGAAUGUACAGUUCUAAGCAAUACUAGUAUGGUCUGCAUGAGCCCAGUAAUAGAUGAAGUAGAAGAUUCAAAAUUAGAUGCAGAUAAUCCUUUAAAACUAGAGUAUGGAUUUCGUAUGGAUAAUGUUACUGGAGUGCAAAAUCUGACUCAAUCUAAAAAAGAAUUUAACCCAUUCCUUCUUUAUCCUAAUCCCACUUUCUACCCAUUUGAUAAGGAGGUGAAAUAUUACAAAUCAGACUACCUUAACAUCAACGGACAAAAUAUUGACAGAGCAUGCCAGGAAUCAGAUGUAGAAGUACGCAUAGGAACAAGUUACUGUAAUGUAACGUCGUUAUCAAGACAGCAACUAACUUGCCGACCCCCUGAAGCUCAACCUCCUGCUAUUGAUCAAACUGGUCAACUAAAUGGAGAAGCUUUACCAGAAGUUGUUGUAACUGUGGGAGGCUCUCUUAGAUACUCUAUUGGUCAUCUUUCCUACUCUUCACCUCAAAGCUUAAAUGGAACAUUUACCAAACCUACGUUAAUUGGAGCAAGUAUUAUUGUGGUUAUUAUCGCAGUAUCAUUUGUCAUGUUUUUGAUCGCGUACAGAAGAAAGUCAACAGAAAGUAAUAGAGUAUUAAAAAACAUGCAAGAACAAAUGGAUAUAUUAGAGUUAAGGGUUGCCGCAGAGUGCAAAGAAGCUUUCGCCGAACUACAGACUGAAAUGACAGAUCUGACAAGCGAUCUAACUGCUGGUGGUAUUCCUUUCUUAGACUAUAGAACAUAUGCAAUGAAAAUCCUGUUCCCUAAUGAAGAAGAUCAUGUUGUUCUUCAAUGGGAACGGCCCGAGUUAAUAUGCAAAGAGAAGGGGCUUAGGUUAUUUGGUCAAUUAAUAAUGAACAAAACAUUUCUGCUUUUAUUUAUAAGGACUUUGGAGAGCAAUAGAUAUUUCUCUAUGAGGGAUAGAGUAAACGUAGCUAGUCUUAUUAUGGUCACUUUGCAAAGCAAAAUGGAGUAUUGCACUGAUAUAUUAAAAACCCUUUUAGCUGAAUUAAUAGAGAAAUGCAUGGAAGGAAAAAGCCAUCCAAAACUUCUGCUUAGAAGAACUGAAAGUGUGGCAGAAAAAAUGCUUAGCGCGUGGUUUACCUUCCUGUUAUACAAAUUUUUAAGAGAAUGUGCUGGAGAGCCAUUAUUUAUGUUAUUCAGAGCAGUUAAACAGCAAGUAGACAAAGGUCCAGUAGAUGCUAUAACUUCUGAAGCUAGGUAUUCACUUAGUGAGGAGAAACUUAUCCGACAAUCAAUAGAUUUUAGACCUAUGACUGUAUACGUAUCGAUAUCUCAACAAGCCUUUGUGGGAGGUUUGGAUAUAAAUACAGAUAAUGUUCCAGUAAAGGUUCUGGACUGUGAUACCAUAAACCAGGUUAAAGAAAAGUGCCUGGAUACCAUUUAUAGGGCUACGCCUUACUCACAAAGACCUAGAAAGGAGGAUCUUGAUUUAGUUUAUUUUACAGAAUGGCGCACAGGAACCUCCGGAAGAUUGAUUCUCUAUGACGAAGAUACCACCACUAAAGUAGAGGGAGAGUGGAAAAGAAAGAAUACGCUCCAACACUAUAAAGUGCCUGACGGGGCUUGCCUUAGUCUAGUAUCAAAACAAAGCUCAAUAUACAACCUGAGCAUAUUUUCCGAUAAGAAUGAUAAGACACAUAAGUAUGAAACAUUAAAUUUGAGUAAGCUUAACUCUGUGAGUCCACCUUUAAGUAGAGCCACUAGUCCAUUAAAUCAUGAUCAUGAUCAGGGAUAUAAAUUGUGGCAUUUGGUAAAACACCAUGAUAAUGAUAACCAGAAAGAAGGUGAAAGGGGCAACAAAAUGGUAUCUGAAAUUUAUCUGACUAGGUUGCUUGCCACAAAAGGUACUUUACAAAAAUUCGUGGAUGACCUUUUUGAAACCAUAUUUAGCACAGCGCAUAGAGGGUCUGCCCUGCCGCUUGCCAUAAAAUAUAUGUUUGAUUUUCUGGAUGACCAAGCAUUGCAACAUGGUAUCUCGGAUCCUGAAGUAGUGCACACGUGGAAAAGCAACUCACUUCCGCUUAGAUUUUGGGUGAAUCUAAUAAAGAACCCCAAUUUCGUAUUUGAUAUUCACAAGUCGAAUAUCGUCGACGCGUGCCUCUCCGUUGUUGCUCAAACCUUUAUGGACUCUUGUUCUACGUCUGAUCAUAGACUAGGAAAAGAUUCCCCUAGUUCUAAGCUUUUAUAUGCAAAGGACAUUCCAUGUUAUAAAGAUUGGGUGGAUAGAUAUUAUUCUGAUAUCAAAAGUAUGCCAGCCAUUUCUGACCAAGAUAUGAAUGCGAUGUUAGCCGAGGAUUCUAGGUUACACACAACAGAAUUUAACACAAACUGUGCCCUCCACGAAUUAUACAACUAUGCAGUGAAAUACAACGAACAGUUAACUGUCACCCUAGAAGAAGAUGAGUUUUCUGAGAAGCAACGUUUAGCCCUGAAGUUAGAACAGGCUCAUAAUAUAAUGAACGAGUCAGGGAAUCCAUGAUAUUGGCCUGACCUGACGUGCCAGUCAGGAGAGCUUGAUUUGAUGUUUUCAUCAGAUGAUACUUUGCCAAUGAAUCCUCCAUCGGAUGAAGGUGAAGGCGAUGAUCUCUUGAUUCCAUCAGCUCCCCCUCUGUCCCCUGCACCUCAGGAACUCGCUUGCUGAUAAGUGUUAUACGCCAAAAUUAGUCCUCCUUAAUUUUUUUCUGUCAACCACUUCACAUUGGUUUUGCCGUGGUUUUCAGUUAUAAAUGAUUUAGAGUUGCCUUCUCGUAUAUUUUAAAAAGUAAGGUGUUAGUUUUAUUUGUAGAAUAAUUUGAAUAAUAAAAUACUUUCCAUAAAAUACAGUUUUAGUAAGUUUACUCACAUUUAUGAGUUGGCAAAUGUGACUUUAUAAACAUUGGGUGUGUUCAAAAUCAUUUUUGUUAAAGUAUUUUGGCUCUCUAAAUUUUGAAGUGUAAGUACUUACUUAAAAUUAUAAAAUCGAUUAAAUAGAAUGAAAUACUUGCAUUCUAAAUAUUACUUUCAUAUGAGCUAAUAUCCAUUAAUUGACUCAUUAUACAUCUUUCAAAAACUAACAAAUGUUGGGGCAAAAAUAAAAGAAUCAAGAAAAAGCAAUAUAGUUUUCUAUUAAUCGAGCAGGAUAGAAAAAAAAACACUAAAUACAGGUACGGUCAUGCCAUGUUACUUUUUUAAAAAUAUAUUAAAAUUUACGAUACUGGAUUGUAGCAACUAUGUAAUUAUAUCAUUUCUUAUUUUAUAUGUUGUUGUAUGAAUGUACUUUAAAUAUGAAUUAAGGAAUUAAAUGAUACCGAUUUAAUAUUUAGGUUACCUUUUUCAAAAAUAUCAGAUUUGACAGACUUAUAUUAGAAGUUAUAUUAAAGGAAUAUAUAAAACCUUAAUUUUUGUCCAACCUUUAAAUGUAUGAAAAUCCUAGACUUCUUUGUUCUGAAAUUAUAAAAAAGAAAUUACAUAGAGCUUUAAACUAAAAUUAAAUUAAAGAAUUAGAUUUUUGUUUAGUAUAUGAAAUUGCUCAAAUGGUAAGUGCCUUCUAGAAUAAUUGAAUAAAUAGAAAGGAAAAGAGCUGAAUAGGUAAUGUAGUUGAGCUUUGGUUCAAUACAUGGUAUAAGAGAAACUUCAUAAACCAUUUCCUGCUAUUAGUACAUUUAAAAAGAAACCUAAUAUCUAGAUAAAUAAAUUGUAGUAUCGAAACUAAUAGUCAAAUUUUGGACAUCAAUAAUCAAUCUUAAGAAAAGUUAAAUCAUUAACUUUUCUUAAGUAGUUUUUUUCCAGUUAAAUACUUUAAUAUAGGAUUUUGGACACGACGGACUAUGAUAAUAAUUAAAAAUCUAAUUAAUUUUUAAAACUAGCCUUACUUUACUCCCAAAUAUUAUAGAUUUAUCUCUAACUACAAAGAUUUUUUAUCAGAUGUAUUGUAUGUUGACAGAAAAGGUUGGACUAACUAAUACAUAUCCGUAAUACAAAAAAAACUAUUACUUUUCUGUGUGUUACAAGAUUGCUGUUGUGCAAUUAUAUUUGUUCAGUGUAAUGUGGAAUCGGUCCCACUCAAACUGGCAUAUUAACAGCAAUUGAGUGGUACUGGUACCUUAAUAAUAAAUGUACUAUAUUUUUAUGAUAACUAUAGGAUUCUGCUUUGUUGUGCUGAUAAAUUCAGCCUUAGUCCAUAAUAUCGAUAAAUAUGAAAUAUCAACUUUAUGCUUUUUUUAUAUGUGUAAUUACUAUAAACUUUAUACAGUUAACAAUAUUUUUGUAUUUUAGUUCAAAGCUUCUGUACUCACUCACUGUACCAUAUUUCUACUAGCAGUCUUAAAUAAUAUUGCCCGAAAAACAAUUUCUAAGCGAUUUUUAUUCAAUUAAAGUAUUAUCUAAAUAAACCUUUUCCAAAUUAACAGUAAAAUUAAUUAUCCUAAAAAAAUCAAAUUUCAUUAAUUAUUAAUCAAGCUAUGGUAUUUCAUUUACAUUUUGUUUAGUACUUUUAUGACUAACACAUGAUAUCAUUUCAUGGAAAAUGCAAAAAGUCAAAGUUACCUCUUCAAUUAACUUAUUUCUCCAACAUUAUUUUACUAUAGAAUAGAUUAAUCAAUAAUGAGAUACCUAAAUCUUAUUUAUGGGUUAUACGCCCUAUAAUAAUCUAAUGAUUAAUAUCAUUAAAUUGUUAUAUGGUAUAAUCAAACUAUUUUAAAUUGGUAUUAUUGCACAGAAAUUGUAAUAGGGUUUACUUGAAACUAGAAUUAUCUCUGAUAAGAAUUUAAAGACCUCCCCAAAUUAACUAGAUUGAUCCCAUUGUUUAUAUUCCAGAUUAUCCUAAAUAAGAAAAAUUUGCUCCAAAGGUAAAAAUAUUUGGUUUUUGUCUAAAAAUUACUCGCAUAAUGGUAGAAUUAAGGUACACGCCCAAAAUGCAAUUAGGAUUGAUAGUCCUUCAAAAUUUUAAAAUUACCAGGGUGUAAAAUUACUUGCGAUUUUUCAAUCAUUCAGUAAUGACUUUAAACAAAUUAAUAUAUUAUUUUGUACAAAAUAUAGUAAUUUAAUUAAAUUAAAAUAAUUGUUUUUAACUUAUUUCUUUUGUAACAUUUUUGUUCAUACUUUAAUUAAUAAUUUACCCUGGGUUCUUCAACUUAGUUUCUUAAAAGACACUAUUUUUCUUUCAUCAAUCUCUCCAUAAUUUUAAAACAAAUUGGUGGAACUCUUUAUCAUCGUUCAUAGAUUUUUUAGUUCUAAAGUAUUAAGUAUUUUAUUAUGUGUCAUAGGGCUAUAUAAAAUUAUUUGUGAAAAAUAGCACACUAUGCAUUUCCUAAUCAGAAACAAUUGAUUGAUGUCUAUAAUCAUAUGUCAAAAAUGCUUUUAAAAAUCCGUAUGAUAUAAAAAUGUAUAAUAAUGGAUAUUGUACCUUAAUAUGAGUAUUGUGUCAAAAACUCUUCAGUCAGGCAUUAUAAAAAAUGUUUGUUUAAUUUUUGUUUUUGUCUUUUCGCACAUUUAUUUUAAUUGCAACCUAACCUUUUUAAAGUGUCCCUAACAGUAAGUCGUAUUGUUUCGUAAAUAUAUCUUAUUACAUUCGGGUGGCGAUUUUUUUACAAAGUGAGUUAUCUUUUAAUUAUUUAUUUAUACUCAACUAUUUUUGUACAUUGCUAAACUAGUAUAAAAUAUAGCAAAUUUAUAAACUUACCUUUUCUGUUCUUUAAAGCUUGAGAGAGAUGCGCUAUAUCGAGUUUAUAUACUUUUAGUUUAUGCAUCAUACAAAUGUAUAUUUUAAUAUUUUUAUUGUAUAUUUUUUUACUUAUUAAUUAAUAUUACUGAAUGUUUCUGUGCCAUUACUUUACAUUUUAUUACAAUUAUAGUGUAAAAAAUACUCAUCGAUGAUUUUAAAUAUACAUUUUCGUACUUUUGUAUUCAUUUAUUAAUAUUGUUGUAGAACGUACCAUUAAUUUUAAGACAUUGUCGAUAACAUUCCUUUUUAGUGAGAGAGUACUAACUAUACUUAUAAAUAAAAUAUUAUAAUUUAAGCUCUUUGUAUGUGUCUAAAUAUGAAUAUUAGUGCUAGACGACGAGAUCUGAUAUUAUUCACGAGUGUCACAGAAAUCAUUCAGUGAUCUUAUUCUGUUGCAAUAAUUGUCAAUUUAUUAAAUUGCUUUCCAGAAGUUAAAAUAGGUACAAAUGAGUAAGAAAAUCAUAUAUACUUUUGGAAAGAAUAUUUGUAGAGCGUUUUUUAACUUAGCUGGCUGUUAUGUGAUACAAUGUUUUAUUGCCGUUUCCUCUUCAUCAAAAACUGUAGGAAGUGUAAGUUAUGCGAUUAUGAAAGCAAAAUGUUUUAAUCCUGCAGUAUUUAACAUUUUUACAGUAAUAAUUUAAUUAAGGACACUCUUUCGCAAUGGUAAAUAAAAUUUUCGAAUGCGAUAUAACCACCUACCGUAAUCACAUUUUUUUCAGCCGCUUGCUAUAUUCAAUAACGUAAUUAUAUUAGUUUUCCAAAAAAAUAAACAGAUAUUGUUAAAAAACGCACUUAACAUUUAUUGUGUAAGUACUAAUUAACUGCCAUUUUUAUUGAUAAGACAUUUGUUUUUAUAUUAUAAAUUCUUUAAAUACUUGAAUUUUUUACGUCUCUGGGAUAGUAAGGUAAGAUAGUAAGGAUAGAAUUUCCAGCUAUCAUUGUCUUGAAGAAUACAUUCAAAUUCUAGUGAUUAUUUUUGAUUGGAACGACAUUUACCUUUCCUAAGAGAGUUAGUUACCUGUUUAUUACACAUCUAAGUAUUGCUUAAUAUUUAUUAUCUCUACAUGGUAUUGCAAAGUAUGAACGUUUGUAAUGCCUUGUAUAAAAUCGUAUAGUGUCGAUUUUGUGUCUAUAUAAUCACUGGAUGUUUGGAUUAUAGGAAAAAAUAAAUUAAGGGAACAAAAAAAUAUUGUGAAUGCUAUUAUGCUAUAUAUUUAGUAUCGAUUUUUUGUGAAUUUUAUAGGCACCGUCCCUAUUAAACCAAAAAUGUUUCUCAAAAUAAAUAUAUUAAAAGCUUACGGGCAGCUAUAUCCGCAUAUCAUGUUUGAAAUACUUACCUGGUUUAUUUUUCUUAUAUAAUCCACGUAUUUUUUUUUAAUUUCUUUAUUGUACUUUAUUUAUAGCAUUGUAUAUACAAUUUUUAUGCCAAAAAACUGCUUCUGGAUAAAUGCAUAGUAAGAAUUGUAAAUACUAAAUAUAUGUACGUAUGUAAGUAUGGCUAAGUGAAUGAACAAUCGUGUUUAUAUGUACGCAUCUAUUGAUAUAUCCAUAGUAAUUGUGUGUAUAUCGGAUUGCAUCGGCUAUAUUAUGAAUGGUAAUGUAUUACUAUAUGUUAUUUUAAAAGACUGAAUGGAGUUACUAAACUACUUAAUAGAAAA